CGCGCGGGGAGGGGCGGUGGCGGCGCGGGCGGCCGUCGGGGCUGGGCGGCGGCGCGGCGGCGGUGGCGGCGGAGAAGGGUCCGGCCUGCGGCGGCCUCCGGGGAGCCGGCCCGACGCGCGGCCACCAUGUCGGCGCCGUCGGAGGAGGAGGAGUACGCGCGGUUGGUGAUGGAGGCGCAACCCGAGUGGCUGCGCGCGGAGCUGAAGCGGCUGUCUCAUGAGCUGGCCGAGACCACGCGUGAGAAGAUCCAGGCGGCCGAGUACGGGCUGGCGGUGCUGGAGGAGAAGCACCAGCUCAAGCUGCAGUUCGAGGAGCUCGAGGUGGACUAUGAGGCUAUCCGUAGCGAGAUGGAGCAGCUCAAAGAAGCAUUCGGACAGGCGCACACGAACCACAAGAAGGUGGCCGCGGAUGGCGAGAGCAGAGAGGAGAGCCUGAUCCAGGAGUCGGCCUCCAAGGAGCAGUAUUACGUGCGGAAGGUGCUGGAGCUGCAGACGGAGCUGAAGCAGCUGCGCAACGUCCUCACUAACACGCAGUCUGAGAACGAACGCCUCAGCUCGGUGGCACAGGAGCUGAAGGAGAUCAACCAGAAUGUGGAGGUGCAGCGCGGCCGCCUGCGGGAUGACAUCAAGGAAUACAAGUUCCGGGAGGCCCGCCUGCUGCAGGACUACUCGGAGCUGGAGGAGGAGAACAUCAGCCUGCAGAAGCAAGUGUCUCUGCUCCGGCAGAACCAGGUGGAGUUUGAGGGGCUCAAACAUGAGAUCAAGCGCCUGGAGGAGGAGGCUGAGUACCUCAACAGCCAGCUGGAGGAUGCCAUCCGGCUCAAGGAGAUCUCGGAGCGGCAGCUGGAGGAGGCCCUGGAGACGCUGAAGACGGAGCGGGAGCAGAAGAGCAGCCUGCGCAAGGAGCUGUCGCAUUACAUGAGCAUCAACGAUUCCUUCUAUACCAGCCACCUGCAAGUCUCCCUGGAUGGCCUCAAGUUCAGUGACGACACUGCAGCCGAACCCAACAAUGAUGCUGAGGCUCUAGUCAACGGCUUUGAGCAUGGCCUGGCCAAGCCGCCACCAGACAACAAAACCUCCACUCCCAGGAAAGACAGCCUGGCGCCGCCGUCCCCCAGCCUCGUCUCUGACCUGCUCAGUGAGCUGCAUAUCUCUGAGAUCCAGAAGCUGAAGCAGCAGCUGGUGCAGAUGGAGCGGGAGAAGGGAGGCCUGCUGGCAACACUGCAGGACACGCAGAAACAACUGGAGCAGGCGCGGGGGGCUCUGUCGGAGCAGCACGAGAAGGUGAGCCAUCUCACGGAGAACCUUAGCGCCCUGCGGCGCCUGCAGGCGGGCAAGGAGCGACAGACAGCCCUGGAUGAUGAGAAGGACCGCGACAGUCGCGAGGACGGCGACUACUAUGAGGUGGAUAUCGACGGCCCCGAGGUCUUGGCCUGCAAGUAUCACGUGGCCAUGGCCGAGGCCGGGGAGCUCCGAGAACAGCUCAGGGCACUGCAAGAGACACAUGAAGCCCGUGAGGCCCAGCAUGCCGAGGAGAAGGGCCGCUACGAGGCCGAGGGGCAGGCCCUCACUGAGAAGGUCACCCUGCUGGAGAAGACCAGCCGCCAGGACCGUGAACUGCUGGUCCGACUGGAGAAAGAGCUGAAGAAAGUGAGCGAUGUGGCCGGUGAGACGCAAGGCAGCCUGAACGUGGCCCAGGACGAGCUGGUGACCUUCAGUGAGGAGCUGGCCAGCCUCUACCACCACGUGUGCAUGUGUAACAAUGAGACGCCCACCCGUGUCGCCCUGGACUACUAUCGCGAGGGCCAGGCCAGGGCUGGCCGCACAAGCCCAGGGGGCCGCACCAGCCCCGAGGGCCGGGGCCACCGUUCCCCCAUCCUCCUGUCCAAGGGGCUGCUGGCCACAGAGGCCUGCCGAGCUGAUAGUGGCCCUGGGGACAGCAGUCCCUCCCCUGGCUCCUCCCUGCCCUCUCCUCUGAGUGACCCGCGCCGGGAGCCCAUGAAUAUCUACAACCUGAUCGCCAUCAUCCGUGACCAGAUCAAGCACCUGCAGGCGGCCGUGGACCGCACGACCGAGCUGUCCCGCCAGCGCAUUGCCUCGCAGGAGCUGGGCCCCGCCGUGGACAAGGACAAGGAGGCGCUCAUGGAGGAGAUCCUCAAGCUGAAGUCGCUGCUCAGCACCAAGCGGGAGCAGAUCACCACGCUGCGCACCGUGCUCAAGGCCAACAAGCAGACAGCGGAGGUAGCCCUCGCCAACCUGAAGAGCAAGUAUGAGAAUGAGAAGGCCAUGGUGACUGAGACCAUGAUGAAGCUGCGCAACGAGCUCAAGGCCCUCAAGGAGGACGCGGCCACCUUCUCCUCCCUGCGAGCCAUGUUCGCGACCAGGUGUGAUGAGUACAUCACGCAGCUGGAUGAGAUGCAGCGGCAGCUGGCGGCCGCGGAGGACGAGAAGAAGACACUCAAUUCACUGCUGCGCAUGGCCAUCCAGCAGAAGCUGGCACUCACCCAGCGCCUGGAGCUGCUCGAGCUGGACCACGAGCAGGCCCGGCGGGGCCGUGCCAAGGCCACCUCCAAGGCCAAGCCAGCCACCCCCAGUGUAAGUCACACCUGUGCCUGCGCCAGUGACAGGGCCGAGGACGCCGGGCUCAGCAGCCAGGUGUUCUGCAGCAAGAAGCACAGCAUAUACUGCGAUUAGGUCGCGGGCUUCGCACACUGCAGCUAAUGUCUGCUUGACUGAUCUAACCCCAGCACAGCGGGACAGCAGGCUAGGCAGACCCUAACGUGACUAACGCGCACAGGGCAGGAUUUGGGCCACGUGGCAUGGGGCACUGGUCGCCAGGACAUUUUGUGAGCUUCACAUGGCUUCUCACUUCUCCUAGCCUCCUUAGGAAGUCCUGGGGGCAGGGGUGGGGAAAUAGCCACACGCGCUGGGGGAAGACAGAUGGGUGGAUGUGUCUUCCAGUGCCCUGGGUGUUGGCAGAACCCUGGGGGGGGGAGGGGAGGAUCCCGGUCCCGCCCCCUUGGCCACCGUGGAGGGGCAGGGUCUGAAUUGAAAUCUGCAUGAUCCUCGCAUGUCUAGGAAAAGCAGUUUUUAGGAGGUUCUGGCCCAUGUCUCAGUAGGGCCUCAGACCCUGUGCUACACUGAGCAUGGUUUUAUGGAAAGAAUUUUGUAGUUUGUACAGCAUCUCCCUGCACCUCAGUCAGGACGAAGGUUCAUGGUGUCUUUCCCCAAAACCCAGAGCAGAGCAGACCUGGGCUCCCCUCUGCAGAUAGCAACCCACAACCCACACAGCCAGCGACAGCCAGGAGAGCAGAGCUCAGCAGCCUCCAUUCCAUCUGAGGCCUCCACACUCAUCUGCUGGUCUCCAAGGUGAUACACUGGCAACACCCGAAGCCUGGGGCUUUCUUUCUGAGUGGAAAAAAAUCUUUCCAAGUGCCUGGCCAAAUCACCAUCCUUCCUGGAAAGCCUACCCUUUGGUUCUUGGGGAACCCGGGCAGCCUGCCCUUGGACUUCUCGGGGCUUCCAUCCUUAAAGUACAGGGUUCCGAACCUCAGCCUGGAUCCUGAGUCUCCUGUAGGGCAGCAUGGCAGCCACAGUAGGGCAGCAUGACGGCCACAGGGUCCAGCAGUGCUGGGAGAGCUUUACACGGGAGUGGGCGAGGCCAGUUUGUGGUAGGAGGCAUAGAGGGUCUCUGUUUAGUGCAAUGGAGGAGUGGCAGCAGAGAAGGGAAGCCGGCCUGGGACCCUCCCAUGUGGAAGCAGAACUGGUACCCAUGUCUCUCAAUCCACGUGCAGCUGGCUGGACCACAGGCUGAUGCCAGCUGCUUGUCUGUCUGGACAGGGUUUGCCAUUAGAUAUGGGGCCAUGCUGCCCACACACAACCCGUGCCCUGGCCCCUUCUCCUGGGUACUGAGCGUGCCUCUGUCACUCCAGACUCCGGGUGCCGUUUUGGUGUGCAACGCAGGGCCACGCAUAGCCAUUCGCCUCUUUCCUGGAUGCUGUCGCAUGCCUGCCCCCCACCCCACCCCACCUUCUGCUUUGCCCUCUCCUGCUGAGCCAGCUCACAGCUUCUCUCUGAACCCCGUAAGGGGCUCUCAGAGCCACCGGCCCCCUAACCCCCAGCCAGGCCUCCCCUUGCCGACUAACGGCUCGCACCCUCCCAGCACAGCGGGAGCUGUAGUGGUCAGGCCGACAGGAAGGGCACCGGACCGUUUCUAAUGCUGUUUUGUUUUCUCCCAUUUCCAGCUGUAGAGUAGCUGCUGGGCGGACUCAGCCGCCGGCCUUCCCUCCUGUGCCCACACGGAGGAGGGAGGGCGGCCUAAAAGUCCACUUAUAAAACGUUUUUGGAUAUACCACUGCAAUUCUUUCCAAAAUAGCAUUCCCUGAGGUUUUUAAUGCGAGGAAAAAAAAAAAAAAAAAAAACGAAAGCAAGCUUUAAUGUUGAGAGUGGCGCAAGUUGCUGCUUGGAAUGACCUCUGUAUGGCUGAAGAAACUGCUUCCGGGGCCACGCCAGGCUUGCCCGGAGCCUGCCGGAAACACCCACCACGGGAUCUCCUUAUCACAGAUUUUUUUCCUUUUUUUUAAUCUGAUCAACCUGUGCACUUUUAACAUUUUGAUAUUAUAUUUGCUUCCUAAUUCCUCGCGUGGAGACGGUCUCCGAUGCUGCAGUCUGGCUCGCGUCCUGCAGCCACAGCCGUGUCGCACGCUGAUUGCUGAGGUCCUGUCGGCGGGAGGCUGUGCCACGUGCUGCAUUGCAGGCAGCUCUGGACUGGAAGGAGGCCUCAACCCAGCAGGGAGCGCAGCAGAGUGCAUCCGUGCUGUGGUCCAGCAGCCUGGCAGAGGAUACGGCAUUGUGGUUCAUUUUUUGAAAUUUCAGAUUUUAAAUGCCAUGUUCAUUAAGAAAUCCAGGGUAUUCCAAUUCUGGGGUUUUUCAUAUUGUAUUAUUAUUAUUAUUCUUAGGAAUAGUUCAAUGUAACAAGAAGAAAACUUGACCUUUGCUCUGGUUAAAACAAUAAUAGGCACUUGAAAAAAAAAAAGAUAAAUUAUUGAAUGAGUAGUAUUACCUACAAAUUCCAGAGUUUUCUGGGUUUUAGGACAUGGUAAAGCAUGACUGACUAACAGAAUUUUAUACAACUGUACCAGUGAAAUUCCAAAUUGGAAUUGUUUUGUUAUUCUGGUUGUUGUGCCAAAUUGUGGUACACUUAGAAAAUUCUACAGCUGUCGACUUUUAGGGUGUUCUAUUUCCACACCUUUUUGUUAUAGUACUCAUUGCCAGUAGUGCCUUCAUCAGUGAAGGGAGGUGUCCCAGCGCAGGUAACUCCAAGGAGCAGGGUAGACAAAAGCCAGUGGGCACCAACAGGUGGGAGCAGCUACUCGCCUCCCCCCUGGACCUGGGCAUCUUCAUGGAGGGAAAGAAACAGUAAUUGUGCAAAAUUCUGUUAGUCAGUGAUUCUUUACUUACAAAUUCAGGGGCUUAGAAGAUGAAAGGAAACAAAAAUCUUUGAGUGUGCUUUGGGAACCAAAUGGACUUCCUGAGCUGAGCAAGCUGCUGAGCACCAUGUUUGUGAAGAGCUGUGUCAGGGGCCGGGCACGCGCACGCGGGCACUGGGGAGCGGGGUAGCCACGGCAUUCUUUGCAAAUGUGAAAAGGAGACAUUGUAUCUUCUCUUGCUUGGUGUAACUUAAUCACUGUUCAUUUCAGGAAACAGAACUCACUAACACUCCCCAGCAACCCAGGUGUGCAUCUGGCGCCCUCUGCUGGGGAGCAUCUUGGGUGUGGUCAGAUUGGUACUCAGAGAGGAAAAAAAAAGCUCCUCCCUCCAAAAUAAAUAAAUAAAUUAUAAUCUUGCAAAUAGUAAGAAUAAAAGAAUUCUGUUUCCUGGAAUAAGCAUUUCUUAUUCCUAGUUGUUGGGACUCCUGUUUUUUUAAAAUAUUCUGUCACAGUGUUGAUUCAUAAGAAAUACUGUUACAGAUGAAGUUAUCUCAGAUAACUUCCCUAUGGGGGAUUUCAUCUGUACCAUCUGUAUGGGGUAUUUAUUUGCAAUGAUGUCUGAGUACUGUAUUUUUUUCUGUGCAUUACCUUAGUGUCAGAUGUUGUCUUUAUUUUAAAGUCAUAUGCAUGUUCUCCUGCCAGGGAACCUUUACACAGACCCAAACAAACAAAUAAUAAGCAAUUAUUUGUCUUCCGUUUCGGAGAAAAUGAGUCUGAAACUGCAGCAGGAGAGGGAAGGAGAAAAUUCCUCACGUCUGUGAAGAACCCGGCCAGACGGUGUGAGUGUGGACAAGCCACUGCGCGUAGGAACGGGGCCUGGUAAAGAGUCACAUUGGCAGGACCAAUAAAGAAAGAAUAAUGAAAAGACAAAAA